AGGUCUCUUUCUCUACUUCCAAUAAAGACUCAAAAUCUCAAAACUCUUUCUUUAUCCAAACGAUCAUAUCCACCGCAAUAGCACACACCACACACCAUCGAUCAUCACCUCAUCAACUUACUUCAACAAUGGUGACCCCUAAGCUCACGCGAAUGCCAAGCAUGCGAGAGCGUCUCGAACAGAAUCUAUCCGCUCACCGAAACGACAUCGUUUCUCUCCUCUCCAGGUAUGUGGAUCAAGGUAAGGGCAUAUUGCAGCCGCACCAUCUGCUUGACGAGAUUGAGAACUUCAUUGGAGAUGAAACUUGCCGCCAAAAGCUUGCUGAUAGUCCUUUUGGUGAAAUGCUCAAGUCCUCGCAGGAAGGUAUAAUUCUUCCUCCGUAUGUAGCGCUAGCUAUUCGUCCGAGGCCUGGUGUUUGGGACUUCUUGCGUAUGAAUGUUAAUGAAUUGAGCAUAGAAGAAUUGAGUAUUUCGGAAUACCUGAUUUUUAAGGAGGAGCUUGUGGAUGGCCAGAGUACGAGCCCUUUUGUGCUGGAGCUUGAUCUAGAGCCAUUCAAUGCUACAUUUCCACGAAUGUCACGAUCUUCAUCCAUCGGCAAUGGAGUUCAGUUCCUCAACCGCCACCUUUCCUCCAUCAUGUUCCGCAACAAAGAUUGUAUGGACCCGUUUCUGGAUUUCCUCCGUGCUCAUAAACAUAAAGGAUAUGCGAUGAUGUUGAAUGAUCGGAUACAAACAAUGUCGAAACUCGAAUCUUCUUUAGCAAAGGCGGAGGAUCGUCUCUCCAAGCUACCACCCGAUACACCAUACUCCGAAUUUGAAUAUGUACUACAAGAAUUGGGGUUUGAACGAGGUUGGGGAGAUAACUCUGAAAGAGUUCUUAACAUGAUGCAUCUUCUCUCGGACAUUCUUCAAGCACCGGAUCCUUCAUCACUUGAAAAGUUUCUUGGAAAGAUACCGAUGAUCUUUAACGUUGUCGUGUUAUCGAUUCAUGGUUACUUCGGGCAGGCGAAUGUUUUGGGUUUGCCGGAUACCGGUGGCCAGGUUGUGUAUAUAUUGGAUCAAGUACGGUCGUUGGAGAAUGAAAUGUUGCUUAAAUUAAGGCUGCAAGGACUGGAUAUCAAACCCAAGAUUCUCAUUGUCACUCGAUUAAUACCGAAUGCCAAAGGUACUUCAUGCAACCAACGACUGGAGAGGGUCAGCGGGACCGAAUACACAUAUAUAUUACGUGUCCCUUUUAGGACCGAAAAAGGGAUUCUUGGCAAAUGGAUUUCAAGGUUUGAUAUAUGGCCUUAUUUGGAGGCGUUUACAGCGGACGCUGCAAGUGAAAUUGCUGCCGAGUUGCAUGGUGUUCCGGAUCUUUUAAUCGGAAACUACAGUGAUGGGAAUCUAGUUGCCUCGUUACUAUCUAACAAAUUGGGCGUGACACAAUGCAACAUUGCGCAUGCGUUAGAGAAAACGAAGUAUCCAGAUUCCGACUUAUAUUGGAAGAAAUAUGAAGAGAAAUACCACUUUUCAUGUCAAUUUACCGCCGACCUUCUAGCCAUGAACAAUGCGGACUUUAUCAUUACCAGUACAUACCAAGAGAUUGCGGGAACAAAGAAUACCGUUGGACAAUACGAGAAUCAUUCAGCGUUCACUCUUCCGGGCCUGUACAGGGUUGUCCAUGGUAUCGAUGUAUUUGAUCCAAAGUUCAACAUUGUGUCUCCAGGGGCAGAUAUGACAAUUUACUUUUCAUAUGCCGAAAAGGAGAGACGACUUACAUCUCUACAUCCCACUAUCGAGAAGCUCUUGUUUGACCCCGAGCAGAACGACGUGCAUAUUGGCAAUUUAACCGACCCAUCCAAACCGAUGAUUUUCUCGAUGGCAAGGCUUGACCAUGUGAAGAAUAUUAGCGGUCUGGUUGAAUGCUACGCUAAAAAUAAUACGUUGAGGGAACAUGCGAAUCUUGUGGUUGUUGCCGGUUAUAAUGAUGUGAAGAAAUCAAGUGAUAGAGAAGAAAUUGCGGAAAUCGAGAAGAUGCAUAACCUUAUAAAACAAUACAAAUUGGAUGGUCAGUUGAGAUGGAUAUCAGCCCAAACGAACCGAGCUCGAAACGGGGAACUUUAUCGGUAUAUCGCCGAUAGCAGGGGUGUUUUCGUCCAGCCUGCUUUCUAUGAAGCUUUCGGACUUACGGUUGUGGAAGCCAUGACAUGUGGGCUCCCGACAUUUGCCACGUGUCAUGGUGGUCCAGCCGAGAUUAUUGAAAACGGUGUGUCGGGGUUCCAUAUUGACCCAUAUCAUCCUGAUAAGACUUCGGCUACAAUAGCUGAUUUUUUUCAAAAGUGCGAGGAGGAACCGAGUUACUGGGCUAAGAUAUCCAUUGGCGGGCUUAAACGAAUAAGUGAGAGGUACACAUGGAAGAUCUACUCCGAACGGUUGAUGACAUUAGCCGGGGUCUAUAGCUUUUGGAAAUAUGUGUCGAAACUCGAGCGACGUGAGACCCGACGAUACCUUGAGAUGUUCUACAUUUUAAAGUUUCGUGCAUUGGUCAAGUCGGUUCCACUCGCUGUUGAUGACGAGCCAUAGUAAUAACCGAUGGUUUUUAAAUGUAAUCCAAUCACAACUUGGUAACAUCUUUCCGGUUGUAUAAAUAAUAAAUUAUGCAACGUGCCCGAUAGACACGUUUGUCUAUGUACACAUUUUAGUUUGUAUCACAACAAGUUACGGAGUAACAUAUGCAUACAAUGUAGCCUCUUUUUAUGAAUUAUUUGGUAAUAUUGCCGAAA